UAUUGUUGAUAUCCAGAAGCCCAUUGGAAGUUGGUGUGUGUGGACAGUGAAUGGGGCCCCGUACUAUAUGUAUACACAACCACAUGUGUAGUACUACUACCACGGAUCUUUAUACUACUGAUAAAUGUACCACUAGAGCGCAAACUCAGCCGUUUUCUAUUCAUUCACUGUGAAAGGAAUUUUUCUACAUGUUUUUUCUGUGUCACAAAAAAAUCUUUACAUUUUAAAUGUAUUCUGUUGUAUGAUGGGUGGAUUGAUCUACUAAAUUUACAUACUGAUGUUGGAGGAUUUAUCAAAUUGAUAUUUAUUUUUUGUUUUCCAAACUCACCAUCACCUGGAGAUGAGUAGAUGAUAAUCCGUGGAUGUUCGUCGUCGUGAGAGACGAUGUUGUUCCGACGAGCCAGUAACAGGAUGGAGGUCGUUCAUACACGCACUAAAACAAAACCAUUGGAAUUUGGUUGUUUCCCUAAUGUUAAAGUGUGGCAUAAAGCGAAGUUUGUAAUAAUUCUGUGGAUUUUGACUGUGGACUUUUACCAGGAGGUUGGAGCCCUGGAUUUAGUAAAAUGUUCCAAUGCCCUUGGAAUGGAGUCCUGGCGGAUCCCAGACGGCGCCAUCACUGCCAGCUCAUCAUACAAGGACCAGUCUGUAGGACCGAAGAGUGCAAGAAUCCGACAAGAGAUCAGUGGUGGGGCAUGGUGUCCAAAAGAACAAAUCACCAUGGAUUCUUAUGAAUAUCUCCAAAUUGACCUCGACCAGCUGACCGUCAUUACCAAAGUCGAAGUUCAAGGUCGUUUUGGAAAUGGACAGGGAAAGGAAUUUGCUGAACACUUCUUGCUUGAGUAUCAGAGAGAAGAUGAUGGCGAGUGGAUACGAUUUCGGGACAGACGAGGACGAGAGCAAUUUAAUGGAAACACAAACACGUACCUGGCCGAGGUGUGUGAGGUCUCACCCCCCAUCAUCUGUAAACGGAUCCGAUUCAUCCCCUACAGUCUCCGUAAACGUACUGUCUGCAUGCGGGUCGAGCUCUACGGAUGUAACUGGAAUGAUAGUGUAGUUGCGUACACAAUGCCACAGGGGGACAAGCGCGGAUCAGAAGUGGAUCUCUUUGACUUUACCUAUGACGGAAUCUUCAACGAAAACUACCUGUCUGGAGGUUUGGGACAAUUGACUGAUGGAGAUGAGGGGACAGGAAACUUUCGUUUGGACCAGCGAGGUCUUGGAAUCAAAGGAUACGAGUGGGUUGGGUGGAAGAAUGAUACUCAUGUAACUAUGCCUGUUGAAGUUAUUUUCAAAUUUGACCAAAUGCGGAACUUCUCCAUGGUGAUUUUUCACUGUAAUAAUUAUUUUAGCAAGGACGUCCGAGUGUUUCGAAGGGCAGAGAUCUUUUUCAGUGUCGGAGGAAAGUACUUUUCUGGGCCCCCAAUAGUUUUUGAUUUCCAGAGAGACUCGUGGAUGGAAUAUGCCCGAAAUGUGGAGAUUUUUCUCAACCACACUACUGGGAAAUUUGUCAAAGUUGUACUUUACUUUGAUGCCAAGUGGAUGAUGAUCAGCGAGGUCAAGUUCAUCUCAGAACCAGCCAAUGGGAACUUCACAAUGGAAGCCCCGCCCCCUACAACGUUCAGUCCCACCACAAGCAAAUCCAAGAACGUGAUUGAUCCCGAUAUAAGCGAUAUCAAUGUUGAUAAGCCGGAGAUUGAUGUGGGUACAGAUAGGAAUGAUAAUAAUGAUCAGCCAGAAACCAAGGAAACAGCUACGAUGAAAGACGACCACAUUGGAAUUAUCAUCGGCGCUUUGGGUGGUCUCCUCCUUGUCUUCUUUGUUGUUCUUAUCACUUUCAUUAUCCGCCAUAAGAGGAUGAAGCAGAACAACAAUCGUCGCAGCUUGAAACCGGUUGUCGACCGACAUAUUGCUGUCAAUCUUAGUGAUCUCCAAGGCAACACCAAUGGCAAGCUCUCCAAUGGUAACGUCUACAAUAGCGUAGCCACUGACGAAAUGGAUGUCGAUCGAGAAAUCUGCAAUGGAGGUGAAAAAUUAUGUAAGAGUCCAACUCCUUCGUGUCCAUACUCGGAUCCAAAAGAUUCAAUUCAAGGGAGAGAACUCCCUGACUUCCCAAGUUCAUCUGAAGGAACAGAUUCACGUGACUAUGCUGUGCCUGAUGUGACAAAAUCUGCUCUGGUGGUAGCCCUUCCUCCACAGCCCCCUCAACCUCCCCUGAGGGGCAAUGCAACCCCCAAAUCUGCUGGGGGCACACCCUCACUGAUGACCAACUCUCUGGACAAGCCCCCGACCUAUGACGCCCUGUAUGCGGCAGCCGACGUCAUCAACAACAUGCAGGUGCCUAACAUCCCGAGUCUACAGGGGGUUAGUGGCAACAAUGUAUACGCUGUACCCAAUGCUGAACUGCUGCUCUCGCUCGAACACUCCGUCAUGCAGUUCCCCCGUGACAGCCUCCAGUUCAUCGAAGUGCUCGGUGAGGGCCAGUUUGGUGAGGUUCACCUUUGUGAGGCCAUCAAUUGUGGUGAGUUUAUUAACGACGAAUAUUUUGGAAACCGGACAAGUUCUCGCCCAGUGCUAGUGGCAGUGAAGAUGCUGAGGAGGAAUGCGGAUGACCGAGCUAGGUCUGACUUCCAUAAGGAGAUCAAGAUCAUGUCUCAACUGAGGGACCCGAACAUCGUGCGCGUGCUGGGUGUGUGUACCCACGAGGAGCCCCUGUGUAUGAUCGUGGAGUACAUGAAGUAUGGAGACCUCAACCAGUUCUUGCUUGACCAUGUACCAGAGAGCCCAGUCGCUCAGGCAACCAACGCCAAGACUUUGAGCUACGGAUGUUUGAUAUACAUGGCCUCUCAGAUUGCUUCUGGAAUGAAAUACUUGGAAUCCCUUAACAUGGUUCACCGUGACCUGGCCACACGCAACUGUUUGGUUGGGACGAACUUCACCAUUAAGAUUUCUGACUUUGGUAUGAGUCGUAGCCUGUACAGUGCAGAUUACUACCGGAUAGAGGGCCGCGCAGUCCUACCAAUCAGAUGGAUGGCAUGGGAAAGUAUCCUCCUGGGUAAGUUCACCACUAAGAGUGACGUGUGGUCAUUUGCCGUGACACUGUGGGAAGUGUUGACCUUCGCUAAGGACCAGCCGUUUGACAGUCUGACCGAUGAGCAAGUGAUUGAGAACGCUGGACACUAUUACCGUAACGAUAACAAGGAGGUUUACCUACCACAGCCUAAUAACUGCCCCAAGGAGAUCUUUGACCUCAUGUACGAGUGUUGGAACAGGAAUGAAUGCUAUCGCCCUUCCUACCGAGAAAUUCACAUGUUCUUGCAGAGGAAAAACAUGGGUUACAACCCAAAAGAUGAAAUGAUGAACCAGAUCAGGGUGCCCAUUUGUUGAUCACAAUAAUUAUUUUGAAUAUUACCGUUGUUCGUCAAGAAUGUAUAUUAAAUCUGGGUUUGUCAUAUGUUUUGAGGUUGUGACCCAGUAAAAUUACUAGUCAUUCAAACUUUCCGGUGAAACGGAUUGAUCAUGUUUGGUGCAACAUGGGAAAUGUUGACUUCCUUUCAACGAAACCAAAGACAAACUUUGGUGAUUGAGACAGAUGGAGAUUGGGCUGUCCCAGUCUUAUAAAGAGGGGUGGCAGGUAAAUUGACACUUGCUUUUAAUGACAGGUGCUAUGACCCUAUCAACAAUGGACCCUUCCUCGUGUCAUGCAUCACCGAAGUUGACACAUCAGUUGCCAUAUAUAGUCAUACGAAUGGAAUUGUGAUAAAGAAUGCGUCAAGAUGAUCUGAAUUACACACUAACUUCAGUGUGUUCAUACUCACCUGUGUUGUGAUAGUGAAGAAAUCCAUGGAGGGGAAACAUGUAUAGUAUUAUCAUAAUUGUCUUAUUUAUAAUGUUUUGCCAUAAAAUUGACCUAUUUCUGAUGAUACAGAAAUAAAUUCACACCUUUGUGCUCCGACAAACACUGUUUGUGUAUCUCAGAACAUUGCCUAAUCCUAAAAGGGUAAGGGUUAUCUGCCCUUGAUCACCAUCAGUUAUCAACCAAGGUAGCAUCGAGGAGGACUAAGAGUGCUGUUGUAGUAAUCCGAGGAACAACAUGGUGACAAUUGUUCUCACUUGGAUUAUUAUUUUUGAAUAAUUGUAUUUAAUUCCAGUCAUUUACAAAGAUGUUUAACCAACACCCAUACAUAAGCCUAGAAGUGUUCAGAACAGUUCUGACCUGGUUAUCUCCCUUUGAUUGUUAUAGAUUGUGUGUUGGAGUUCCUGGGAGGGGGAGCAUUGAUCAACUGUUUUAGUUGUGCCAUUAUUAUGUGUAUAUGGAGAAUAUCAUUGAGAUAAUAGCAUUAUCUCUAUUUACAAUAACGUUAGAAAAAAUAAAUUAUAGGAUAUAUAUAUAUAUAUGAUUCCGUUACUUCUGUGUAACUGGAAGCAAUCAUAGUGCUAAAUUGCUAUACAUGUCCUAAUUCCAUAUAAUCAAUGCCUUUGCAUCUUUUGCAUAAAGAAAAAUAUUAGUUUUUGUGGAUAUACAUUUUGCUUCAUGAUUAAUUUCAUUUGUAUUUAAUUAUUGCGGUUAUGUCAAACAACUUCAGAAAUGAUAGGAUUCCUGAUAAGAAAUAUGUACUGAUAUAUUUUCUCAUAAGGUUUCCUUCAGAAUUGGGUGGGAGUAAGAUUACGUGAGUAAAGAUUACGUAUGUACAUUUUGAUUAUUAAGAUAAAUUUUAUCUUCUUUAUGUUGUAAACUUCCUCCCUUGUUGUUAAUAGCUUAUGAAAGUAAAUAAUUAUUUGUGAAAAUUUAACAGGUGCAAUAUGUUUAACGUUAUAGAUGCCGACAUUUUCAUUAUAAGUUGUUAAGAUGCCAUUGUAAAGUAAAAUCACUUUUUUAAGAACUGUAAACCAGUAAACCACCGACCAAAUAAGGUUAUGACAAUAACUACCUAGAUACUGAGCUCUGUUUUAUCUCUGCUUUUACUAGAGUCACCCCCUUGUCCAAAAUACUUGUCCUUAAACUAUUUAAUGAUGAAAUGAUCAUGCUUUGUCAUAAUCAUUGAGAAAUAGUUUUUAAAAUGAAUGCUGUGAAGAAUAAACCUGACAUUUUAGAAUGCUUUUCAUUUUAAUUUUGUCAGUUUGUUUUGAAAAUUUGUUACAACAAAUAUUCAAUGAAGUCUUGAGUUUGUGAUUUUAUCAAUUAAAUAAAUAUGAAAAUAGUCUAUACAGGUAAUAAUCUACCUGUAAAAAGCUCUUUUCAUGAAACCUACAUGAAGAUGUGACCAAAUACCAACGGAGCUUUGUACAUAAAACCUUAUUAGAGCUUAGGCCACUAUUUUUGGUUUGUAAUUUAGUGUAACAAUUAAAUCAAAGACUGUUUCAUAGACAAAGUGAUAGAUUUAUAAUCUGUACCCUUCACUGUGGAGGUAAGUACAGAACAUUGUGUACCCUUCUCUGUGAAGGUAUGUACCGUAUAUAGUGUACCCUUCACUGUGGAGGUAUGUACAGUAUAUAUAGUGUACCCUUCACUGUGGAGGUAAGUACAGUAUAUAGUGUACCCUUCACUGUGGAGGUAAGUACAGAACAUUAUGUACCCUUCACUGUGGAGGUAUGUACAGUAUAUUAUGUACCCUUCACUGUGGAGGUAUGUACAGUAUAUAAUGUACCCUUCACUGUGGAGGUAAGUACAGUAUGUAGUGUACCCUUUACUUUGGAGGUAUGUACAGUAUAUUAUGUACCCUUUACUGUGGAGGUAUUUACAGAAUAUUAUGUACUAGCCCAUGUGGAGGUAUGUACAGUAUAUUAUGUACUAGCCCAUGUGGAGGUUUGUACAGUAUAGUAUGUACCCUUCACUGUGGAGGUAUGUACAGUAUAUUAGGUACCCUUUACUGUGGAGGUAUGUACAGUAUAUUAGGUACCCUUCACUGUGGAGGUAUGUACAGUAUAUUAUGUUCCCUUUACUGUGGAGGUAUGUACAGUAUAUUAUGUACCCUUUACCUAGGAGGUAUG